AUGUUCUGGUUUCUCUUCCGAACUGGAGCGUCUUACGGCCAUCACAUAAAAGUUCGUUUUAUGUUUCGCCUUAAAAAAAACGAAAACGUUCUUCUCUCUGGAAACGUUUUUCUCUCUGGAAACUUUCUUCUCUCUGGAAACGUUUUUCUCUCUGGAAACGUUCUUCUCUCUGGAAACGUUUUUCUCUCUGGAAACGUUCUUCUCUCUGGAAACGUUUUUCUCUCCGGAAACGUUCUUCUUUCUGAAAAAGUUCUUCUCUCUGGAAAUGUUCUUCUCUCCAGAAACUUUCUUCUCUCUGGAAACGUUUUUCUCUCUGGAAAUGUUCUUCUCUCCAGAAACUUUCUUCUCUCUGGAAACGUUCUUCUCUCUGGAAACGUUCUUCUCUCUGGAAACGUUCUUCUCUCUGGAAACGUUUUUCUCUCCGGAAACGUUCUUCUUUCUGAAAAAGUUCUUCUCUCUGGAAAUGUUCUUCUCUCCAGAAACUUUCUUCUCUCUGGAAACGUUUUUCUCUCUGUAAAUGUUCUUCUCUCCAGAAACUUUCUUCUCUCUGGAAACGUUCUUCUCUCUGGAAACGUUUUUCUCUCCGGAAACGUUCUUCUUUCUGAAAAAGUUCUUCUCUCUGGAAAUGUUCUUCUCUCCAGAAACGUUCUUCUCUCUGGAAACGUUCUUCUCUCUGGAAACGUUUUUCUCUCUGGAAACGUUCUUCUCUCUGGAAACGUUUUUCUCUCCAGAAACGUUCUUCUUUCUGAAAAAGUUCUUCUCUCUGGAAAUGUUCUUCUCUCCAGAAACUUUCUUCUCUCUGGAAACAAACGUUCUUCUCUCCGGAAACGUUCUUCCCUCUUAAAUGUUCUUCUCUCUGAAAAUGUUCUUCACACCGGAAACGUUCUUCUCUCUGAAAAUAUUCUUCUUUCCGGAAACGUACUUCUCUCUAGAAAAGUUCUUCUCUCUCUCUCUCUCUCUCUCUCUCUCUCUCUCUCUGGAAACUGCCUAAUCCUAUUCACAUUUAAACCAAAAUAA